UCGAAGUCGUUAAGAAGAAACGAAAUUUUCCAAGCUACUAAAUAAAUUAUUUUUUCCCAAACGGAAAUUGCCAAUUCGAAGAUGGUGAACCAGAUAACUAUUGUGGCCGUUGGCCUGCUGCAAGUGUUUGGCAUAUCCUUUUUCGCUUCGCAGCCAAAGGAUCAGUGCUCCCCAGCUCCUGCAAUCGGAAGCAAAAUCUUCCUGCUAAGCGUCCUUAUGCUUUUUUGGGAUUCCGAGAUGAUUCCGAAGAGAUUCAAGAAGUACUCACCGAAACUUUUUGAAGUCGGCGAUCUUUUAUUCACGAUCCUGUUUACCGAACUUUUUGUGGUGCUGGGUUGGUGUGAAUUCGAAAGGAUAACGUUCCGAUCUGUUGGACUGAUUUGCCGCGGAAAGUUCUGGUGCGAGUACGCAAUGAUGACGAUAUGCAGUAUUUUAGCAGCCACUGCGUCGCUUUGCAUUGUAAUCGAGAUCGUGUGUCCUGACAAGAUGAAGAAUUCCAUGGGCGAGGUCCUGGGCAACCUGCCGGUUCCCAAGGGUACUGGUCCCAUGUUUGAAUACCUCCAGGAUAUGCGAACUUAUGUGCUGUGUGCCAUGUAUUUCUGCCAGUUGACUAGAGAACAGCGUUUGCUUUCCGUACGAGCCUUUCAAAUGCAAGUCCUGCGCUCCAAGAUUCCAUUGCAGAAAGAUCCUGGUGAGCUUGAUGUCCUGAACGUGGGAAGUCAAGUGGAGGAGGAAAAACCGGACAACGAGAAUAAGCCGACAGAACCGGAACUCCAACAGGAGUUGUCCCCGUGAAUUGUUUAUUAUUUAUACAAAUUUAUGCCAACAGCUGUUGCUAUCGCCGGCCUUA